GCUGGCAUUGACAUUGUGACCACGACCACGGUGUUGCCGACGACAACGUUGCUGGUUAUUUCGUGAUUUUUUAACAUUAUCGCCCACCCCCACACACACAAACCACUCACUGCACUCACCGUCCCUUGGGUGGGAGUUGGAGCGAGUUAAGAAAAAAAAAACUCGGCAGUUUGAGGUUUGGGUUCCUCAACCGUCUUGAAGUCUUCAGUUUGUGUUUCAAAGCUCUGAAUGGUGCUACGAAGAAGAAGUCUCCAGUUGAAUAAUAAUAAAACCCAAGUCUCAGCAGAGUUAUUAGUUUCCGACUUGGGUAUUUUUGGGCUUUUUCCCUUUUUCUUUGUGAAAAGGUGAAUUAGAGAGACAAAGUGAGGAACGUAAUUGGGACUCAUUGUUACCGGCUUUAUUAGAGUAAUUGAGAAAUCAUAAAGCAAUUAAUAGUGCUGUUCUCUUCCCCCGGUGUCCUGCUGAGCCUUUGAGUUUCAGGAAAUUAUCAGAUCCAGUUGUUGAGACUUUUCGUCGUCUCAUAAACAUUCUCCACUCACAAAAGUUGUGUUUCUCUCGGUUACAUUCUUCCUCUUCCUUGUGCCCCCAGAAUAGAACGCGUUGAGAGAGAAUUCGUAGGAGAGAGGUGUGGACAUUGGAUUGACUAGCAUUAUCCUGGAGUGGAUGAUCACAAUGGAUUGGAAAGUGGAACGAAGAACGGAAAUGAACGAGGAGUUGGAAACGGGGGAAAGGCGACAACAGCCUUCUUCUUCUCUGGAGACUGAGAAAAAGUCAGGUCACAGAUUUGGACACCGUUCUACAAGAAGGUCACAAAACCAGCAGAAGAAUCAUGUGUGGCUCGUCUCUUCAAGUGUCGUCUUGUUAGUUUUGUGCCAUGCCUUGACUCCAGCUCAAUGCUUUUUCUUUCCCAAAUCUCUGUUCCGAAGACUGUCCCCGGCCCCUUCCUCGUCCUCCUCACAAGUGCAGCACACUGCCCCCUCCAGAGACUCCAGACUGGUCGGCUCUCCCUCCGAGCAACAACAAGUGCAGUCUGGGCUGAGGGCGUACAACAAUCGUCCCCUGGGCAAUGAGUCACCUUCUCAACCAAAUCCAAACUUUCAUGUGCCCAAAGCUUUAUGCAUUGCAUGCGAACGGUUUCCUUGGAUGCCGGUGGCAGGAUCCGGAAAGCCCCAACAACAACAGCCCACUGAUCAAUAUCCGGCCAAAUCCGUUUCAAAUGCCAAUGUCCAACCAUCCAAUACAAUUGUUAUUAGCGCUCUAGGCCAGGCACAAGAUGGGGUUCCGCUUCCGGUGCAACCAGCAAAUAGGAAACCAUUUGCCAUUCAGUUUGACUCGGUCCAAUCCCAGAAUAAUGCAGCACCGCAACAUCAACUUUCAUCUCAAAAGCAACAAUUCAAGGAGCAUACGCCCACGAAUGACAAUGCAAAUAAAAAUAGAGAUCCUGCCACAAGACCAAUCACUUUUCAAAUUUAUGAUCCGCCUCGACAACAGCCCACUGUGUUGCGACCGGUGGGAAAUAAUCCGCCGCCCCCGCAGCAGCCGCAGCCUCAGCAACACCAAAGUGGUGGAUAUUUUAAUGAGCCAGCCCCAUUCAUGCAGCCCCCACCAGGUUAUCAGAUCCGCCCCAUGCAAAUGUUCCAGUUCCAACCUCAAAUCGCUUAUCGACCCACCGUACUUCAGCCAGUAGUGAGUCAAAGUUAUGGCAUGGUUCCUCCGCCCCCACCUUUCCAACAAAGUGGAUACAACUUUCCUCCAAGAAAUGCCCCUCAAAAACAACAACAACCGCAGCAACAAUCUUCGUCAUCGGCAUCAUCAUCAAAUUCUGCAGCACCAGUUCCACCCAUUACGAUUAGCACCAUUGUUGCCGCUCAGCAUGGCGGUGGUGGGGUUCGUCCUCAACAGCAACAGCAGCAGCCUAAACAACAACAGCAUGCUCCAAUUUCCAAUUUCCAAAAUAUUCUUCCAGCCAAACUAGUGUAUCAAGAGCAUUCGGAGAUUCAUCCACCAAACAUUGCACCGUAUAAAAAUCCACCUCAGCCUCAAGUUCAAUACGGAAAACCAUUCCCACCAUCCCCACAAAAUAUUAAGAUGCCAAUCAUUUCACGACCACCUUUUGGACAGUUUGAGCAGAUAAAGUCUUCGAAUAAUAUUGGCGGAUAUUUGCCUCCACCUCCACAAAAUAGACCACCACAAGGAGGAUAUCUUCCCCCACAACAAUCUCAACAUAGUGGUCAACAAAAGCCGGGUGGAAACCAGUAUAUCAUUAAUUUGCGUCCUCCAGUCCAACAACCUGCACCCCAACAACAACAAGGUCAACGACCUUUCCCCAGUGGACAAGUGUUCUUCCCUAACCAACCUCAGCCACAACAACAACAACAGCAGCAGCAGGCCCCAAAACAACAAUACGGAUCUCCUCAACCGUCUGGGCAAAAUCAACAGCAAUCAAAUCAAGGUUCCAAUGAUGUGAAAUAUGGGCAACCACAAUCGAAACCUCAAACAGCAGCCGCAGACUCGUCACAAUCCCACUCUUCAAACAUUGUUGCAAUUCCGGUCCCAAAUCAGGAAUCUUCUCCUCCAGAUUACCAUCAAUCAGGAAGUACGAUACAGAACCAGAGAGAAACCCCGUCCAACAACUAUGUUGUCCAGACAGCACCCAAAGUACCAUUCAGUCCACCCAAAGGAGUUGUAAAAAAUCCUCACAUUCAAUCCAUUGAGAACAUACAGCCCCCAGCACCUCCAAAAGCAUCGGAAGGCAGUGGUAGCAAUAACCCCUCCACUGUUGCCCCCUCGGUGCAGGAGAGUGGAUGGGAAAUUAUCCCAGCAGUACAGACCGACAUUACGCAUCUCUUCCAAAAUCCAACUACUCCAACGGAAAAAACUAAACAGGUCACCACCGUCCCAGUCCCACUUCCCGUGCCAAUUCCCAUUUCUGACUCACAUGCAGCCAAAUCUCCCAUAUUCAUUGUUCGUAAUCAAGGAAAUCGACCAUUAUCGCCGAAUGACCCCAAAAUUCACGGAAAUAUUGUCGUACAUGGAAUCACGUACCAUGAGGAACAGAAAAAUAAACCAGAACCGAUAGUGGCUGCUGCUCAAUCUCAGCAACAAGGUGUGUCACAAGAACCUCCUCCUCGAAGUCCACCACAAAAUGUAGAGUACAAUACUCAACAAAUCAACAAUGCUCCUCAACAACAACAACAGCAAAUCAACAAUGUUCCUCCACAACAGCAACAACAGCACCAAUUUGCCCCCCAGGUUCAAUCUCAACCCGUUCCUAACCCACAACAACAACACCCUCAAAUAGUUUUGAGACCUCAUCCCGACAGCCAGUUUGACCCUUUGCCCGCCUCCAUCAGCACGGCCCUCUAUCACGCCCAGAGGACCUCCUAUCUCACUCACCAAUAUUGGCAAUCCAACGCCAACGGGAAUGCAGGUCCGGGUGGGAGAACCGUUUAUGUUCACAGCGUCCCAGUCGUACGUCCUCAAUACCCCCAGGUUCAAGUGAGCAACAACAACUUGUUGGAAGGGGGCAGUGACUCAUCAUCUCCGGUAGCCUCGAGCUCCGACCUCAAUUCUGUAGAGGGUGACACGACUCAGGAUGAAAAUAUCCAUAACGGAAUUUCAGACCAAACCACUGUAAACUGCCAAAAUCAUCAACAAUGGGUCAACUCAAAGAAUGAACCAACAAACCCCCCACAAGUCACUCAACAACAGCAACAACAACAGCAGCAGCAGCAAGAACAACAACAACAUGUUCAACAGCAACCUUAUCUCAUGUACUAUCCUCCACCCCCACCAGUCCAACAAUCUUCCAUUUUUUGGAUUCAGCCCCCACAACAACAAGGCAAUCAAGGAGAUUCAGGAUUCCUUCGACUGAGACCGCAAAUGCAGCAGCAGCAAAUCCCAACUGGAGGAGACAAGUCGAAAGAUGGUCCAGUUUUCUCCAAACCUGUUUAUGAGUGGUCGACCCCAAAAGUUGCUGACCAGUCUCAAACCCAAAGCGUAAAUAAGUACAACCAAGUACAGGAACCAAUCAAAGAGGAAUCGAGGAGCCAAGUGCAGGACGGAUCAGGGACGACAAAUGGUGGAAGGGGACAACAAGACUUGAAGGGAAGCAGCGAAGAAGAACAGUACUCGAUAAAUAUUCCGUUUGGCCAAAAGCUCUCAAAACGGCCGACUGUAACUCCAUUCGACAUUAUUUCCGUUGGUGGCAAGGAUGACUCCCAGGUUCAAAGUUUAGAGGAGGAGAAUGUGGGGCAGCCAGAGCAAAAACAGUCCAAUCCGAAUGUAGACUACCAACCUCAAGGGCCCACGUCGUCCUCGGAGCACAAUUCGUACGAUGGAUCAUCCCAAGAAGUCCACAGCAGUGAUAACCCAAAUGGUCUGAAUGAGUUCUCCGCUCCUCCGGGUGGAAACGAGAAUAAUCAAGCUCCUCAGUUUGAAGAUGAUCGUUCCUCUCCGCCUGCUCAUCCGAAUUACAUAAUCCGACCCGUCUCCACUACUAUUAUUCACUCCCCAGAGUCAAGUUCAUAUGCGUCUCAAUCAUUCGGUCACCAAACCUUCCGCCCUCAAAAGGUCAUUGUUCAUGAUUUUACGAAAGGAAACAGCGACUCUUCAUCAUCCGGGUCUGACACGUUUGGUGAAAGUCAGCCCUCUUCUGCCCCAUCAGAGGAAGACUAUGGUCAACAGAGUCAACAUGUCCACUCCUGGCAGAGCUUCAACAACAACGUGGUGAAGCUAAAGUCUCCCAAACUGGUGGAAGAGUACCAACAGGUAGACGAUGACGAGGAGGAUGACAAGCAGUCUUUGGCUUCUGUCUCAAACACCAAAGUCGUGCAGUAUCAAAACGUAGCCACCGGCCUGGUGACAGCUGCCGAAUGUGCUCAGGCUCAUUCAGAACCAAUUUUGCUCACGGCAUCCAGCGAAACUGCGGAGGGAAAAAGGCUUCAAGAUGUUUCCACUAAGAAUGAGGAGAAAGCGGAGAAAGUUCGAUUUCGCCAAGGGACAAGAUUCCCAGCAGGUCGUCCAGCUAUAACCUCAUUCAACGCUUGGACUACCACCACGACCACAGCAAUUCCACCAGUGGAUUACGAACAAGGUUCUCUGGAAAGUGGGGAUUCUCACAACCCCGGCUCAGCUUCAAUCUCCAUUCCAGUAUAUCGACCUCCGACGGGAGCUCACCUAGUCCCAAGUCACUCUCGCUUCAACAACAAUAAAUGGAGUCCUCCCAAAAACGUGAUUCUUGACGAUAUUUACGCCAACAGCGAGGUCAAACAACAUUCCUUGGUGGUCGAGACGGGAGGAAUUGGACCCAUUCCCACCACCACGGAGGAUGGUGGUGAGCACACGAGCAGCUCUCAUCCUCCUACGGCUGCGGUUACGGAAGAGGCACCCUUUCUAACGACUAUGUCCACGGAAAAAUCCUCUUCCUUUUCCGUCUCGGAGGAGAGAGGAGGCACGGCUUCCAGCAGCAUUUCGGAACACAUUUCUGAACCAACGGGAAGAAAAGUGCCGAGUGGAAGUGACGACCAGAAAGUUGAGAUUAAAUUUUCACCCAGUGUGCCCUACGUGGAGAGACCGGUUUACAUUGUUACAUCCGCACCGGUAUCCACCACGACGACCACGUCAGACCCGACAACCAGCACUUCAGAUGAUUCAACAACACCCUCACUCGGAAGCACAAGCACCAAAAUUGUCAAAACCGUUCGUGUAAGGCAACGCAUGCGACCGGGUAGUUUUGGAGUAAAAAAUCGUUUCAAUGGUACAACACGAGUACGCGUAGUUCAUCGUCCAGUAAUUCCCGACUAUGUGAAGCACUUUCCAGAAUUUGCAAACCCAGACAGUGAGAGACUUGGAAAACAGGAGGAUGAAGAGAUCAAAAAUGCACUAAUUGAAUUGAAAAGAACUGAUCGAGCUAAACAUUAAAAUGUCUCAUUAUCACUAUUUUUUACAUAUGUAAUUGUACAUUGUUUGGCUUUAUUUAUUCCGAAAUAUUAGUAGUAUUAAUUUAGGUUUCUGCAACAUGUAAACGUUUAAUUUAAUUUUUAGUGUAAUUAUGACCAUGCUAAAUUAAUCGUAUAAAUACACACAAACAUAAACAAUUCUUUAUCAGACAAAUAUGCACUUUUAAGUGAUGAUCUAUUUAAAAUGAGCAUUCCAGUUUUACAUUUUUUAAGGAAAAUGCGCGUUUGCCCAUCCUCACAUAAAUAAUACUGACGCCAAGUUGUGACAUAUUUGAAUUGAAGUAAUAAAUGUUUCUGACAUUGAUGAUUCACACUCACAAAAUACAAUACAAGAAUGCAAUACAACAAAUUAUUAUGAUUACAGAUACGUAAAAUUACUUGUGUAAACUUCUGAAGAGUUAAACGAACACUUAUUUUACGAACACUGGUUUAUUCUUUGACUAGUUAUAUAGUUUUUGCAAUUUUAUACUUGAUCAGCAUUAGCAAUAUAUUUAUCAAAAGUUUGCCAAGAAAUUACAAUUAUAAUUAUUUUAUUACUACACCGUCCAAUGUGCUGCCUUAAUGACAAUGACAAGUUUUACGACGACAAAUGCUGACUAGUUAAUAAAAGUUAGUAAAAGUAGCUUUAAAAUCUACUUUAAAGUGCAACAGGUUGAAGAGUGGUAUUGUUGUGCUAUGUAAAUUAUUUUCUAGAAUGAUACAAUGAGAAGAAGGCAUUAUUAAUUAUUGUGUGUAGAUGAUUUGACAUCAUACAUUGUGCUCUAGAUCUAAAUAUUAAAUAUGACAAGUAAAGUUACUUAAUCUCUGGAAAACUU